GCAUUGCUAGUGGCGUCGUUGACACACCUGUGUUGCUGCCGCACCUACUUGCUUUCCCUUGUAGGGCCGCCGCCUCGUUUUUCUUUCGCUUGUUGAGCGGCUGGAAGCGUUGACCUUACCACAUUCAAGCGCAAAGCAGAGAGCACAGAGCGCACCCAUCCUUUCCAUUACACCUACUCGUACAAGUUUCGUUUUCCCUUUUUCAUUGACGUGUACAACCUGUUACAUCCUAUAAACAGGGAAUGACCGCCAAGCCAGAGCAGUCGGUGGCGUCCGAGCUGGUCGUGAAUGACCGUACGCUCGUCGUCCCUGCCCCUCCGCUGUCGCUCACCAACUCCGGCGACCUCGUGUGGGUCGCUUUGUCGGACGGCAAGGUGGAGGUGCGCAACGCGCGUACAGGCGAAGUUGUACGCCGCUUCGAGCCGGCUCUCGCCACCACAAAGGCGGACGGCACCGGGGCUGCUGCGGGUGGUGCUGCCCCUCCCAACAGCGCUUCUGCUCUCGUCAAUGCCUCCUCUGUAGUGGGCCUUCUCUCCAACCUUACCAACCGAGUCCUCGCGGGAAGUCAGACGCUGCCAGGGAGCGGUGCGUCUGCUUUGAAGAAGCAAAGCGAGGAGAGCCCCGUGCGGGUCGUUGUGCAGGUGCGCUACCUCCUCGCCGUGCCCAUCGCCGACUGCAGCACACACGUGUGGCUUGGGCUCUCGAAUGGCGCGAUUGAGGUGCACGAAGGCGGCGAUCUCCUCCACAGCUCCGUGGGGGCCGUCAGCACGUCGUCCAGCGGGGGCUUUCUGGCUGUGCUACGCAAGCACACGGCUGCCGUCACGUGUCUCGCGGAGUUUGGCGGCUAUGUGUACUCGGGCAGUGAAGAUCAGCGCAUUGUGCAGUGGCGGGCAGCCCACUCGUCCUUUGUCAGCCUCUUCACGAGCCAGUCGCCGCACCAAGCUGCGGUGCGCUGCCUCUACGCGGAAGGCAACGCCGUCGUCUCCGGUUCGGACGACUGCACCGUGAAGGUGUGGGAUGUCGGUGAAGGCACGAUGCGUCUGACGGGGUACUUCCACUCCCGCAGCGGAGGUGUUCUGUCACUAUGCCGCGUUGGCGAGCUUAUGUGGUCGGGGGACGCCUCUGGCCAGGUGGUGCGCUGGCACAUCCGCACGUGUGAGGCGGUCGCGCUGCACCGCCCCCACCGCGAUCGCGUCCUGUCCUUGUGCCACGUCGGUGACCGCGUCUAUUCCGGCUCGGCGGAUGGCACCAUGGGCAUCUUCGACGCCGCGACCGGGCAGCUGCGGCAGCAGAUCACGGACCAGGCGCUGGGCUGGGUGACCACCGUCGCCUGCCCAGCCGAGCUGUCUCGGUUCGUCGUCUGGUCCACCAGCGCGGAUGGCGCCGUGCGGUGCUGGUAUCAGGACGAGUACGUCGGCAUGACGGCGGAUGAGUUUCGGUUUAACGACCCGUCGUGGUACGAGUGUGGCUCGACGCCGUACCGCGAGUUUCGUGCCGCGGUAGGGCAGCGGACGAGCCGACUGAAGCGGCAGCUGGAGGCCAUCGAGCAGCGGGAUCAGCAGACCAUGGCAGUGCUGCGCCGCUGCAGCACCGUCUUUGGCGGUGGCGGGGCGGACUUCGCAGAGCAGCAGCGACGGCUGCAGGAGCAGCUGGCGAAGGCGGAGGAGCGGUGCAGCGCUGCGGAGGCGCGUCUUGCGCAGCGGCGAGAAGUCGUCUCGCUGCACGAUCGCGACAUCGCGGCGACGCUGCAGCUCAUACAAGCCGCAAAGAACGAGUUGAAUACGUUCAUGCCCGGCGAGGCGGAACGUAUCUUGGCCACGCUGCCUGCUGUGAAGGCGGAGGAUGUAGUCCCCUACAGCCAGUCGCAACCUCCAUCGUCAUCCACCGGCGCAGCGCCUCCGUCCCAGGCGCCCAUGACCACCGCCGCCGGUCUUUCGACGUACGCUGCGGGAACCGCCGUCCCGUCGUGGCCGCCACCAACGCUGGCACCGCUGCCCACAACCACAACCACUGCUCCCCUUCCACCUCCGGCGGCGACCACGUCUACACUCGGUGUUGGGGGCCCUUUGUCCACUGCACCGCCUCCUCCACCUCCACCUGCUCCUGUUCCUGUUGUUCCUGCAGUGUCACCCCCCGGGGUUGAUGCGGCAACAGUGACACACCCACCACCACCACCACCACCACCACCACCGGCGACAGCGGCCACCACCACCACCGCACCUCCAGCUGCAGCGUCACCUCCGCUACCUGCCCAAUCGUCUAAGCUUUCACCCGCCGCGGGGGUGGCCACUGUCCCGGUGGACGACGGACUCAACUGGACGAACCCGCACGUCGGCAACUACAUCCAGCGUCGUUACUACGGAGCCUCACCAAGCUUACGCACGAUCGACUUGAUGAAGCAAGAGCGUCGUCGGGGGCGGCUGCCGAGGGUGAAGGUGGAGCCGCUGCAGCGCGGCCGCUCGCACUCGGCGACCUCCGCGGCAACCGCCAAGUCCCGCACCAGCAGCGUCAAGGAGAGGGAGCAUGUGGCGGCGGCGACAACGCCAAAGACGUCCACUACCACGACCACUACGACAGUCGUCACAACAUCAGCGCAACCCGCCCCUGCGAAGUAG